AUGUCCAAAUAUAAUAGAUAUACCACUUUAUCUGAUCUUGGUUCAUAUAUUGAAAAAGAGGUUAUUGUCCAAUUUAAUGAUGGAAAAGAAAUCGAAGGAAUAUUACAAAACUAUGACGACCGCUUCAAUUUAUUUUUAACUAAUGCCAUCCAACACAUUAACGAAAAUGAUAAAAAUACAUCACUAAAAACAACAAGAAAAUUAGGUGAAGUCUUUUGCAAAGGAAGUUCUGUAUUAGAAUUAACAUUAAAAGAAGGUAUUGUUAAAAUUGAAUAA